AUGAAAAAGAACGGGAACGUAGCUGUCAACAGGAUAUACAACCCGCGGAACAUCAAACCCUCCAUCCCCCUCGACAUAGACGAGGUCGACUCGGUCAUGGAACGCUUUGUGCGCAAAAAGUACGAGCUCAGAGCCCUCGAGGAUGGUAAACCGAAGCCGCCCAGCAGACAGGACCCGAGCUACACUUCAAGGCCUGCCGCAGACCUCUCUCUGCCUUCUCCUUCCUCCCCGCCUUAUGCUACGGCUACUCUGCCUUCCAAGCCCAAGUCGAGGUUCGCCUUUGGUCUGCGCUCGUUGUCUUCCUCUCACUCGUCCUCGCCAAGCUCAAGCAGGUCCGCCACUGUAACCCUCCCUUCCCUACGCCGGAGAGAGAGUCUCGAGACCUCUCACGUUCAUUCAGUCCCUCUACCGAACAACAAACAGUCCAGGACACUGGGAGUUAGCAUUGCAGAUCGUAAUGGGUCCCUGGAGUCGAAGCUCGAGAAACUACGGGAGAUGGGCUUCAUGGACGAGAGAAGGAACAUGACCGUUCUCAAGGGGCUGAACGGUGAUGUAGAACGCUGCAUAGAUACGCUGACCAGGCUUGGAGAGAAGUCGUCGAUAGGCGGGCCACGGUCUCCUACCUCACCAACCGGCACACAGAGCGGCUAUAGGACCUCCUCAGGCUCGACAGACAUGUUCACCCCUCCCUCUAGCUCCUCGAAUCCUUUCGAUAAGCCGCCAGCGAGCGUGGCUGCUGCUCCUCCUAACGGGAACGUAGGGAUAUCAACCAAUAGAUCGGCUACUGGGGGUAACACUCCUACAGAACAGAAGCCGGUCUCCCAUAACCCAUUCGAUGCCCUGGACCAGUCAUUCCAGAACCUCCAGGUUUCCUCCCAACCCUUAUUCCCCAACAUGACGGGCGGCUAUCCCAGCCAACAGGCCAACUUACAGCUGUCUAGAGCCCAGCAGACCAUGACACCUCCUGUUCCAUCGAUCCCCCAUCAGCACCAAUUCCUACAACUGCAACACCAGCAACAGCAACAGCAACAGCAACAGCAAGGCUACGGCUCGGUGGCUCAAUCACCUAUGCACGGACACUAUAACCCGUUCAUGUCGCACUCUACACCAGCAACACCGUAUGCAGGAACUCCCACCCAACCGCUGUCACCUACAAACCCUUUCUUCACGCAACCGCAGCCGCAACCGCAGACGCAGCAAAAUGGGCUUCAGCAAGGAAACACUUCACCAUUCACCCUCCAGCACCAUAAUACCAUGCCAGCCCUCUCUCCUCCUUACAUGUACCAACAGCCUCAGCAGCAGCAGCAGCAGCAGCAACCAAUCUAUCCCAUGCAACAACAGCCUACUCCUGCUAUGCCUGCAUACCAACAGCUCAAGCCACAACAACCCCAGCAGCCAAACAGGAUUGAUAAAUCCAGUAUUCUUGCGCUCUACAACUUCUCUCAACCUCCCCCUACCAUCCCCGAACAGCCACAACAGCAGCAACAGACCCAGCAACAACCUCAACUGUCGCACCUACAAACAAAUACCCCAUUCUCCACAAACCCAUACCAGACCACCCCCAAUGCGAGCCCGAUGGUCCAGUCCGCCCCCGCAAUCACCACAGGCACAUACGCAAAUCACAAUCCCUUCUUCGCCCCUACCAAUGCAGCUCCCAGCCAGCCAGCCAGCUUCGUCCCCACGGCACCAACCCAAUCACAGGACCCCGCAGCUCCCGCUCCCGCUCCAAAUAACAUGGGAUUUUCACGAACCCACGUCAGCCAGGAAUCUAUCGAUAUCAGACAGGCUCACAGUGGGCGCCACAGCCCUGAUAUCUUCGCCAGUUUAAGCGCCAGAUAUUAA